GUUGUGAAAAGUGCAUAAUAGUGUGAGAAAAGUGUGAUUUGUGACUUUUCCCAAAGAAUUUAUUUGGGCUUAGCAGCCUUGUUCAGCAGCAAUAUUAACACGACGCUCCAUUUGGAGUUUUAGGUAGAGAAAUCUCUUAUAGGAAAGCAACUGUACGAUGGAAGGGAAUCGGGAUGAGGCUUAUCGUUGUGUAGAGAUUGCUCGGAAUGCUCUGGCCGAGGGAAAAUUGGAGCGAGCUGAGAAGUUUCUCCUGAAAGCUGAGCGCCUGUAUGAGACCAAAGAUGCCAAGGAAUUGCUGGAGAAACUCAAGGGGUACAACAAAGAGAAUCGUCCGUCAACUGAAGAAUCCUCCUCAGGACCUUACAUGCGUCACGAGAAGAAAUCCUCCAGCAAGGCUGAGUCAGCAAAAGCAACUGAAGCAGAGUACACGAGUGAUCAGUUGGAGGCAGUGAAGAAGAUUAAGAAGUGCAAGGAUUACUAUGAGGUGCUCGGUGUGUCCAAGGAUGCCACAGAUUCGGAGAUUAAGAAGGCAUACAAGAAAUUGGCAUUACAGCUGCAUCCGGACAAGAAUAAGGCACCAGGAGCCGUGGAGGCUUUCAAGGCCGUGGGAAAUGCUGCGGCAAUUCUGACGGAUGCCGAAAAGAGGAAAUCUUACGAUUUGUACGGGGAGCAGAGUCAUUCGGGACGUGCUGAGCACGCUGCCCACAAUUACAGUAGUUUCCAAUUUGGCGGAUACUCACGUGGAUUUGACUCAGAGUACACGCCAGAGGAGAUCUUCUCCAUGUUCUUCGGCGGUGGCUUUCCACAGCAGAAUGUCUACAUGAGGCAGCGCAGGUAUCAGCGAGCUGGGGACAAUCAACAUGGACAGAGGGAGCAGCAGAACAGCUACGCAGCCUUGAUCAAUCUUCUGCCAAUUCUCCUGCUCAUCAUGCUGUCCUUGAUGUCAUCCUUCUUCAUCUCAGAUCCCAUCUACAGUCUGCAACCAAACCAAAAAUAUUCAGUGAUGCGAAAAACAGCCAAUUGGAAGGUCUCUUACUACGUCAAGGAUAAUUUUCACUCAGAAUAUCAAGGAUCUGUUAGUCGACUGGAGACAGCUGUGGAGGAGGAAUAUUAUCAGAAUCUGAAACACAAGUGUUUCAGGGAGCGACAGUACAGAGAAUCAAUGUUGAUGAAAGCAAAAAAUUUUGGUGAUGCAAAUCUAUUUAGGAAAGCCCAGAAUACACAAACUCCUUCAUGUGAUGAUGUCCAGAAGCUUCAGACUUACUGAGGCAGGAGAAGCUUCCGAGGAAGCUUCAUUUAAACAAAAAAAAAUAUAUUGCAAUUGGAAAAAAAAUCCUUCAAUUGAUCCUUUUCUCCGAAAAGAAUUCAUCGAGUCAUGACGGGUGUUCAGAGAUUUUCUGUUUUUCAAGAUAUUGGUCAAAAUUUUACUACGAGUGUAUGGUUUAAUUUAAUGUUAUUGAAAAAUAAAGUGUUAAUAUCACUAAAAA